AUGUCCUCUAAACGUGCACCAGAGACUUUGAAUUCUGUGGUCAAGCGCGAGAGAUGUCUGACUCCGCCAGCUUUGGCUAAGAUCGGACUUUGCACCACACGACGGAUGACUCAGAUGGAGGCCCAUUACCAGGCGAUGCCGUCUAAGAUGUUGGCAGAUAGAACCGGCGAGGAUGAACUCUUCGUAAAGCGUCCCAUUUACGACCGGGUCCGGGUCAAGAAACCGUCUAGAUGUCAUACGAAAGCUCAUUCUGAAUUCUUGCCGGUGUUUCCGAAAGUUGAGAAAAAAGAUGAGUCCUUUUACUCAAUACCCGGGAGCAAGAAGUUGCACAAUUUCUUGAAUUGCCUCUCCUCGCACCGCUGGAUCUGGUGUGAGUUCGUGGAGUCGUUUCUGGACAAACCCAUCAUGGCCAUUGCCUACGACAUGGAGCGGUUCAUCCACGAGUGCUGCCCCAUGAUCGAGACCCGGAGCAUGCCUCGGCGUGGCUGGCAGCUCCUACGCCGGAACAUGGGCAAGGCCAGGCGCUUCUCCCCCGCUUUCAUAGAGCUGGAGCGGCAGGAGCUGGAGCGCUCACGCCGCAUGGUCAGGGAGCUGCAACAGUGCAAGUUCAACAAUGACGAGCACGCCCCCUAUAUGGAGCAGAUUCCGAAGAGCGUACCGUUGCCCCUGAAUAUUGGCACGAAGGUGACAUCGUUUUUGGAAGGAUUCUACAAGAUGGGCAUUAUCGACGGCAAGGUCAUGAGCUAUGAGCCGCAGGACUACAGCUACAUGGUGCGCUUCGAUAUGCAAGGCCAGGAGCUGGUGGUGCGCCUGCCGGACUAUCGUCUCCACGCUGAUAACAACUUCGGAGGCCUACCGCUGCCCGUUUUGCUGCACGCCGCUGAGGGAGCGUCCAAGGCGGCGAAGAACGAGCCAUCUGAGCCAAUUGGCGAUAAUCGUUACAGCAGAAAGCUCCUGGAAUCCCUGGUCAAGGUGAAGAAACUCUCGGAAAUCAAACAGAAGGCUGUGAUGGAGAUAGCUAAGAUGAACGAGGACUAUGUGGAGGGUAGCAACCAGUCGGUGUACACCUCGACAUCCACCCGUCGCGAUAUCAAGAUGACUCCACAGAGGGAGAGGCUGCAGCGUCACUAUGCCGCCAAUAUGAUUACUCUGCACCGCGUUAAUACAGAUGUCUUGGCUCCGCUGAAAAUUCUUCACGAGCAUCUGGCCGCCUUCCACAAGCAGGAGCAGAAGGAGCUGGGCUCCAAGUGCCGUCCUGCCGGCGAUAUCUACCUUAAGUGCCGCAACCAGGCCGAAAUGGACAUCAAGAGGGCGGCGAUCGAGAAGAACCUCAAAAUAGAAUCUGAGUCUGCACAGGAUCUGGUCUUCAACCUACAGACUCUUUUGUACGUCAGCGCAGAACUGGGGCGAGAAAAUCACGCGGACAUGGAGCUAAUCCUCAAGGACCUGGUCAAUCGUGUGGUGGAACACCAGCCCCCCGGCGUUGGCAAUCACUUCAAGGAGCUGUGGGAGGAGAUGGAACCACUGCGUCAGCGCAUGGCCACAACUUUCAAGCUCCCCCCGAAGCCGGAACGUAUCCACAUCACCCAGCAGCAGCAGCCGGACCAGACCGACGGUGGUAUCUUCGAGGCUGUGGAGGAGACUAUGGAGGAGACUGUGGAGGAGGAACAGGCUCCGGAUCCCAUGCCGUAUGACCUCCCCGAACUGUAA